UUAUCCACCAUAGUUAGUCAGUGCCACCGCGGCUUUUUUUCUCGGUCUCGACUCCCACUUGGUGCUGGCGCUUCGUUCUUACACUCUUUUUAUCCCCCAAACGUUCAUUCCCUGCAUUUUGUCCAUACAGCAGACUUGAAUAUGCCCAGCGAAGUAUCUGACGACGGCGUUGCGACUCCGGUCUCCGCCAAGGUCAGUAACCUCACCUUGACCGAGUCCGCGCUUGCAACUCCCACCUCGGAAAAAGGGGAGGACUCGACUGCCUACAACUGGGGCAUCCCCGACGACUAUCUUCUUCCGAAUGGCUACCCAGAUUACCUCCGGUUGAUCUUAACGUCCCGGGUCUACGACAUUAUCGACGAAACCCCUCUCCAUCAUGCCGUCAACCUCAGCAACCGCCUGGAGUGCCGUGUGCUGCUCAAGCGGGAGGACCUGCUUCCUGUUUUCAGUUUCAAGUUGCGCGGGGCCUACAACAAGAUGGCUCACUUGACUCACGAGCAACGGUGGAAGGGUGUCAUUGCAUGCUCUGCCGGAAACCAUGCGCAGGGAGUUGCCUACUCUGCCCGCCAUCUCAAGAUCCCCGCCACCAUUGUCAUGCCUUCGGGCACCCCCGCGAUUAAACACCUUAACGUCGCUCGCCUGGGCGGAAGCGUCGUUCUCCACGGCAAUGACUUUGACGCGGCCAAAGACGAAGCUCACCGCCUGCAGCAACAGCACGGGCUCACCAACAUUCCUCCCUUCGAUGACCCUUACGUGAUUGCUGGCCAAGGAACCAUUGGUAUGGAACUCCUGCGCCAGGCCAACCUGCAGAAACUUGAAGCUGUUUUCUGCGCCGUCGGUGGAGGAGGCCUGAUUGCUGGUAUUGGAGUGUAUCUCAAGCGCAUCGCGCCCCACGUCAAGAUCAUUGGUGUCGAGGCCCAUGAUGCCAACGCCAUGCAUCAGUCUUUGGACUCUGGAUCGCGCGUGUUCCUUAAGGAAGUGGGUCUGUUCGCCGAUGGCGCGGCGGUCAAGUCCGUUGGAGAGGAGAACUACCGGCUGGCCCGUGAAGUUAUUGAUGAAGUUAUUCAGGUUUCGACCGACGAGACAUGCGCUGCUAUCAAGGAUGCCUUCGAGGACACCCGCUCCAUCAUUGAACCGGCGGGUGCUCUGGCUCUGGCUGGCCUUAAGAAGUAUGUUAGCAUGUAUCCCAGCCCUGACACUAACCGGGAGUUGUGUGCUAUCACUUCUGGUGCAAACAUGGACUUUGAUCGUCUGCGUUUCGUCGCUGAGCGUGCUGCUCUGGGUGAGCGGAAGGAGGCCCUUUUGAGUGUCAACAUCCCCGAGAAGCCGGGCGCAUUUGCCAAGCUCGUUGAAGUUAUUCUUCCCCAUGCGGUCACUGCCUUCAGCUACCGGUAUGCCCACGAUGCCUCUGCCGACGUCCUGAUGGGUAUCUCCUUGUCUGCGUUGACGGGCCAAGACGAUUUGGCCAAGAUCAUGACUCACCUCACCAAGGAGGGUAUGAGUGUCAAGGACUUGAGCGACGACGAGCUCGUCAAACGGCACGUUCGUUUCCUGGUCGGUGGACGCAGCAGCGUCCAGAAUGAGCGAUUGUUCAUGUUCGAGUUUCCUGAGCGCCCCGGUGCUCUGGCCAAAUUCUUGACCACUCUUCGCCCCAACCAGAACAUUUCGUUGUUCCACUACCGCAACUACGGUGGAGAUGUGGGCAAGGUGCUUGCUGGCAUCCAGUGCCCCGAGACUGAGAAGGAGGAACUUGAGGCUUUCUUGAGAGACUUGGGAUACCCCUUCAGCGAGCACACCGACUCUCCCACCUACCAAACUUUCCUUCGUGCUUAAAUAUUCAGCAACUUUCUUGAGUCGUUUUCGUUCGUUUGGGAGAAAGCUUAAAGAGUUUUUUUGAUUCCCUGCUUGUUAAUUCAUAUGGGCGUUCUUGUUGGGCAUAGUGACGAUAGAGCUUGGGCUGUUUCUUCUUAGUGUGAGAGUGCUAGGCAUUGUUCCGUACAUAGAAUUCGAAAUACU